CCUGGCGUUAGAGACGGAGCGGGAUGUGGACCCUGCGGGCCGCCGUCCGCCUUGGGGCUGCGCUCUCUCGCGUGGUUCGCAGCCGGCCAGCUCUAAGGGUUGCGCCGCCGCCGCCGCUGCCUUCCUGUCCUGAUCGCGCGCUCGCUGCCCUCCGUCCCGACGAUCCGGGGGCCCUGCAGGGGCGAGGGGGCGGUGGCCGGGGUCCCGGUGCGGAUGGCCGGAGCGGCGGAGCCGUACUGGCGGGGGAGGAGGAGGAGGAGCCAGAAGAUGCAGAGAACGAGGAAGAGGAGGAGGAGCUGCUGCGGAGCGAGCCCUUGCUACCCGCGGAGGCCCAGCGCGUGUGCCUGGUUCACCCUGAGGUCAAGUGGGGACCGGGGAAGCCGCAGCUGACGCGAGCCGAGUGGCAGGUAGCGGAGGCGAGAGCCCUGGUGCACACGCUGGACCGCUGGUCGGUGGUGGAGACGAUGGUGGUGCCGACCAAAAUGCCCGACAGGAAGCUCAUCUUCGGCAAAGGGACCUUGGAGCACCUGACAGAGAAGAUCAGAGGGUUGUCGGAAGUCACGGCUGUCUUCCUGAACGUGGAGAGGAUGUCUGCGUCCACUAAGAAAGAACUGGAGGCCAUCUGGGGCGUGCAGGUGUUCGACCGAUUCACUGUGGUUCUGCACAUUUUCCGCUGCAACGCCCGGACCAAGGAGGCGCGGCUGCAGGUGGCCCUGGCGGAGCUGCCCCUGCUCAGGUCCAACCUGAAGAACGUGGCAGCCCGCCCGGACGGACGCGGGGGGAGCUCUCGCUACAUCAUGGGCUCAGGAGAGUCGUUCCUGCAGGUGCGGCAGCGCCUCCUGAAGGAGAAGGAGAUGAAGAUCCGGCAGGCCCUGGAGAGGCUGCGCAGGAAGAGGCAGCUCCUGGGGCGGCAGCGGCAGCGGCGGGAGUUCCCGGUGGUCUCCGUGGUGGGAUACACCAACAGUGGGAAGACCACGCUGAUCAAGGCUCUGACGGGAGACGCCGCCGCGCAGCCCCGCGACCAGCUGUUCGCGACGCUGGACGUCACGGCGCACGCGGGGUGGCUGCCCUGCCGCAUGGCCGUGCUGUACAUGGACACCAUCGGCUUCCUGUCGCAGCUGCCCCACGGCCUCAUCGAGUCCUUCUCCGCCACCCUGGAGGACGUGGCCCGCUCGGAUGUCAUCGUGCACGUCAGAGACGUGAGCCACCCUGAGUGUGAGCUGCAGAAAGCCAGCGUGCUCUCCGCCCUGCGCGGCCUGCGCCUGCCCACCCCUCUGCUGGACUCCGCGCUGGAGGUCCACAACAAGGUGGACCUGGUGCCCGGGUACAGCCCAUCGGAACCCGGUGCCCUGGCCGUGUCUGCCCGCCUGGGGCUGGGGUUGGAGCAGCUGAAGGCCGCGCUGGAAGACGCCGUGCUGAGAGCCACGGGCAGACGGGUGCUGACCCUGCGCGUCCGCCUGGCAGGGCCACAGCUGAGUUGGCUGCACCAGGAGGCCACGGUGCAGGACGUGCAGGUGGUCCCGGAGGCUGGCGUGGCUGAAGUCACGGCCAUCAUCAGCAACUCCGCCUACGGCAGAUUCCGGAAGCUCUUCCCAGAGUGAACUGGCGCCGGUGACCGGGACGUCCUCUGCGCCUGAGGGAGGCGAGUCGGACAGGGCAGACCCAGCGCCGCCAGGUCGGUGGGCCGGCAGCAGUCGUGUGGACGGGUUUGCUCCCAGAAGUCCCCACUGCUGGACUCGAACCCUCAGUUUCCCAGUCCGUCCUCCGGCCUCCGUCCAGAGGAAACCCAGCGCCCAGAGCUGGACCCACAAGCGGGAAGGUGCUUCUUGGAGUCAAACUGCCGCGGAGACGGCCGCUGCUGAGCACGGGGGCCGAGACAGGCCGAGUGCAGAGCUAGCCGGGGUCCUGCAGCUUCCGCAGAGACGCGCGUGCCUCUCGGAGCCCACGCAGCCCAGCACGUGCAGAGCGCAAGGGGUCUGUUUGCGUCUUUUGUCACGUGAGAAGUGUCUGUGCGCCUCUUCCCUUAGACUGGCGUAGCGCCGCGUCUGCACGGCCCCAGCGUCAGCGAGCGGGGUGAGGGGGCAGCGGCCUCUGCCCUGGGCUGGGCUGUGCUGAGCCUGCUCAAGGGGCCCGAACCGGACUGAACCCAGCGCAGCGCCGUCCUCGUCUCCGGAGACGCGCCCCAUCACUCCAGCCUGCUGCCCGCACUCCUGGACUUCCCACACCUGCCGCAGACCAGGCCAUCCGCGGCUCCAAAUGCAGAGAAUAAAUCAGUGAGGCCUGAA